AUGUUGACGCAGCAGAGACAGAGCAUGAGAAGGAGCUCCAGGAGGACACAGGACUACCCCACACUGGAGUGUCCACACAGGACCCUACAGCACCAGGGCUGGCUCUCGCCCCAAGCAGAGUGCCCCUGCCACCCAGUGUGCAGCAGGAGGAGAGAGAGGGGCCGGCUCAGUUUAAAGCAACCUGCCUCGGAAAUACUCCCCAGAGAUGCUGGUGAUGCUGAGCAGUGCUUGGGGAGAGGGCACUCUUCCAUAUCUGUGAGCCAGAGUGAGCAGAGUCUGGAAUUUGAGCCCCAUUGCAGUUCUGUAGAGCAACCUGCCUCGGAAAUACUCCCCAGAGAUGCUGGUGAUGCUGAGCAGUGCUUGGAGAGUGGGCACUCUUCCAUAUCUGUGAGCCAGAGUGAGCAGAGUCUGGAAUUUGAGCCCCAUUGCAGUUCUGUAGAGGUGAGUUUGUAG